AUGCCCCGCAGCGAAGAAGCCGAGACGUUCUUCUUCGCCGUGUACUCCGCCGUGCAGGAGAUUCCCCCGGGCAAGGUGACGACCUACGGCCACAUUGCCAAGCUCAUCGGAACUCCCGAACGGCCCCGUCAAGUAGGAAUCUGCCUCAAGCACCUAUCCACCGACCCCUCGGCGGAAUUCAACAACGAGACCGUCCCCUGGCAGCGUGUCAUCAACGCCAAGGGCGCCAUCUCGCCCCGCUCUCAACCUUCAGGUGCUCGCAGCCAGGCAGACGCCCUCCGGGCCGAAGACGUACAAGUCACCCAGACGGCCCUCGGCGAGUUCGAGGUCGAUUUCGAAUCUUACGGAUGGUUUCCGGAUGUUCUUCCGUCUGAGGAGGGCGAGCAAUGA